AUGUCUUAUGAGAGGUUCACCAGCCGUGUUUCUCAAGAGGAACAUGACUUCUACCAGAUCAAAAACGCAGCUGCAGAGUUUUACCGAGUGAACAGAAUCCCAGAGGAGCUAGAGAGAGUUCUGAACGAGCUGUUCCUCCACAAACCGGGAGACGUUCACGGUUACCUGGCAAAUUACUUUACAAAGCUGUCUGCAGCGCCGAGGAUCAGCAGACUGAAAGGAAAGGAGGUGUAUGAUGCAAGAGGACAAGUCACUAUUGAGGCAGAGGUCUUCUGCAUCAUCUGCAAUAAAGAACAGAGCAUAUCCUCAGCUUCCAUCUCCUGCCACUUUGGACCUAAGGAGACCUCACUGGACUGGAAAGCUCAGAGUAAAGAAAGGAGUGAUCAUGUGAUGACUGCUGUCCAAUGGAUCAACGAACCUUUAAACAAUCUGCUGAAGGAGCAAAACCCUUGUGAUCAAUCAGAAGCUGACCUCAUCCUCAGUAAUUUCUUCAUGGCCCACUACCUGGAGGAGAAGAAAGCCCGGAACAAGGAGAAGGAAGAGAGCGGUUCACCCAGCCAGUCUGACGUGCUUCUUCCUUCUCCACCACCUGCACACACUAAAGACAAGAAGAGUGCUGAUAAAGGAAAAAAAAGCAACGCAGCAGAGAAACCUUUUCCUCCAGCAGAGCCACCAGAACCAGUGCUGCUAGGAAGCCUGGCCAUUGGCUCAGUGUCUCUGGCUCUGGCUAAAACUGGGGCACGAAUAAAGGGUGUCCCUCUCUACAAGCACAUAGCUGCUCUACGGAACCAAGAGGCUCCAGCACAGUUUCAAAUCCCCGUCUCCUUGGUAACUUUGCUGAGCUGUGGGAAGACUUCUCCUGGAAAACUCAGCUUACUAGAGGAAGUCAUCCUGAUCCCCAAAGUCGGACAACGAGUCAAACAAAUCAUCACAAUGACCCUUGAGUUACAGAAGGAGACGAUGAGAAUAAUGAAUACUUCGACAAAAGCCGGGGCCACUCAGACCGUCACGUGCGACAACGGAGCUCCAGCAGUGAGCUACGAGCGACCCGAGCAGCCUCUGGAUCUGAUCACCGAAGCCUGCGCUAACCUUGGACUGGCACUGGGAACGGAGAUCCAUCUGGCGUUAAACUGUGCCGCCCCUGAGUUAAUGGACUACUCUAAAGGAAAGUAUGAAAUUUCAACAGGAGUUUUAAAGUCUCCUGAUGAAUUAGCGGACAUGUAUCAAACCCUCAUCAGCAAAUACCCAGCAGUGGUGGCCCUGAUUGAUCCAUUUAGGAGAGAGGACACAGAGCAGUGGGAGAAGCUGAGCAGUGUGAUUGGAGACUCAUGUUCACUGCUCUCUGACAUCACCUACAAGCCACAGGCUGCACCCCUACCAGGAGUCAGAGGUCUCAUCCUAAAACACAGGAAUGAGACAACAGUCAGCGACCUGAUCCGCAUCACAUCAGAGCAACCAGGUGCAGUUUUAAUAGGAACAGCAUGCAGUGAGCCCUGCAGUGAUGACUCUCUGUCACAUGUGGCUGUGGGUCUGGGUCUGGACUAUAUCAAACUGGGAGGUCUGAGCGGUGCUGAGAGGAUGACUAAAUACAACCAGCUGAUUUCUAUAGAGGAAGAACUGACCCAACAGGGAAUGCUGGUCUCCAAGGAACAGCACCCCCCUCCACUGUUCCCGGAAAAGCCACAGGAGCAGUCGACACCAGCCUGA